CAAUUACAGACAGGCCGGAAAGAAAAAAAGCAUUUAAAAAUGAAAAGGAAUAUUCAUUCAAUCUAUGACAUGUUAUUUUAAUGAGGCAUAGCACGAUGGGUAUAAUAUUCCACGACAUAAAACUGCAAAUUUGCAGCACUUCAACAGCACAAGACAACCCCCAUUCGCCACCCUUCGCCACCACCCUACCACCAAUGAAAAAGGAAGCCGGACUAAAAGGAGCCGUUAUAAAGGUUUCUUGGGAAAUGCUAAGACGCAGUUUUGUCAUCUGCACAUUUUCCCGUAUAAGUUUUUCCUUUUCUCUCUUGUCCUUUUCAUCUGUUUUUAUUAAUUACAUUUCUCAAAGUUAAAUGGUUUGCUCUGUUUUCAAGUGCCAGGUUAGGGUUCUAUGCUGAAAUUAUAGAGAUUGGGAGGAGCUUGCUUUCUUCAUUUUGCUAUAUAUUUCUCUCUUUGGACCCUCAUUUCUCAUUUGGGAUUUCAAAACUCAUUAGGAAGUUUUGUUAUGAUUGAAGCAAAUGAAACAUGCGGUUACUUUUGUGAGGAAAAAAGAAAUUAAGGUGGGGCAUAUUUCAAGAACUGGGGUUUUCAGAUAACUUGGGGAAGAACUGUUAUGGGGGUAUAAAUUUAUGAAUUGGGUUUUUGGAUUCUGAGUGCAAAUAAUGGGUGUAACGAAUUCAAAAGCUGAGAGAAGUGAUGCUUUGAGAUUAUGCAAAGAAAGGAAAAGAUUCCUCAAACAAACCAUUGAUUCAAGAUGUGCUUUAGCAGCUGCACACAUUUCAUAUAUUCAAUCUCUAAGAAACUUAGGCAUUGCUUUUAGAAAAUAUGCUGAGGCUGACGCUGAGAUUUUAAUAGAGCCCUUUCUGUCAGUUUCAGCCAUUGAUCCUGAUAAAACUUCUUCACAUUCGACACAUCCAUCGCCCUCGCCAUCGCUCGUCGGUAAUGUUUCUAGUACUCUAGUCGUCCAUGAGAGCCCUAUUUCACAGCCUAUGGAUCGAGUUAGUUAUAUGAGAUCGGGAGGGGAUAGUGCUUUGACUGUUAGAGUGAGUCCACCGCCUAGGAAUAUGUAUGUAGAGGAGGGUGAAUUUUCUGUGCUACCACCUCCACCACCAUAUCCGGAUUCGGAAUCUUCUUGGGAUUUCUUUAACCCAGUUGAUGAAAGUGAGAACUUCAGGUUUGGGGGACAGAAUUUGAACCUUGAUCAUGUGAGGAUGUAUGGAGAUUUUGGUGAAAAGAAUGUUGAUUUUGCUGAAACUAGGGGGAUUCCCAAAUUAGAGACUCCAGAAAAUGAACAGGGCAAAUUGGUAGUAUACAAUGCUAGUACAGCUGCACCUGAAAAUACCGAAAAUAUUGAACUAAAACUGAAUGUAUUAUCUGGAAAUGUGGUUAGGAAUGCAUCUUUAGAACUAUAUAAUUUGAAGAGAAAUAGAUCUUUUUUAGAAAAGGAUAUAAGAGCUGACACAGAAGAUCCUUUGGAGAUUGUAACACCCAGGGCUAAAGAUUUUCAGUCUAGCUUAAAAGAGAUUGAUAACCAAUUCUUUAAAGCAUCUGAAUCUGGAAAGGAGGUCUCGAGAAUGCUUGAGUCCAACAAAAUCAGGGUUGGAUAUACUGAAUCCAGAGGUAAAUUACUAGCCUCAGUUUACUUGAUCUCGUUUGGAGUAGUUUGUUGCCAAGGAAGAAAUGUAAAUGCAUCUGAUGUGUCUGAACAAAAUGUGACCAAGGUUAUAACUUGGAGGCGUACAACUUCGUCAAGGUCAUCGUCAUCAAAGAAUCCCAUGGCUACAACAAAGAAUGACAAUGACGAUAGUGGAAGUGAUUUUAUUGAGGAGUUCUGCAUGAUUUCUGGAAGUCACUCUUCCACACUGGAUAGAAUGUAUGCUUGGGAGAGAAAGUUAUACGAUGAAGUGAAGGCUAGCGAGUUUAUCCGGAAGGAAUAUGAUCGCAAGUGUGACAAGCUUCGGCAUCAGUUUGCAAAGGAUCUUAGCCCUCAAGUAAUUGAUAAAACUCGGGCAGUGGUGAGAGAUCUUCAUUCACGAAUUAGAGUAGCACUUCAUGCUGUAAAUUCAAUAUCAAAGCGGAUUGAAAAAAUGAGGGAUGAAGAGUUGCUACCACAAGUUCUUGAACUUAUUCAGGGAUUUACCUGCAUGUGGAAAUCCAUGCUUGAUUGUCAUCAUUCUCAGUAUAUGACCAUAUCUCUAGCGUACAUUUUGAAAAGCUUCAGUGGAGCUCCGUGUAGAGAAACUCAGAAGCAGAUUAUGAAUCAGCUGCAGGGCGAGGUGGAGUAUUUUCGCCUGAGUUUUACUGAUUGGAUAAACCGAUAUACGUCUUAUGUGGAAGCUCUCAACAGCUGGUUACAAAAUUGCAUCUUGCAACCACGGGAGCGAUAUAAAGGCAGACGAGCAUUCUCCCCUCGUCGUGUUCUGGCACCCCCUAUAAUUGUUCUCUGCCGUGAUUGGUCAGCUGGGAUUAAAUCUUUGCCAGCGAGAGAAGUCAGUAAUGCAAUCAAAGCUUUUCUAUCUGAUCUGAUACAAUUUCUUGGUACUGUGUCAGAAUCAAUAGUAGCUGGACUUGGACACCAGUCUCUUCUUUGUAAUGUGAUGUUGUUCGGAAAUUUGGGAAAUUUGAGGCAACCAGGUACCAAUGGUAAUACAAAUUCAACCAGUUUUCUUGAUUACCUACCAAAGACUGCUAAACAGGAAACACCAGCACCGAAUGGAAAAUAUCCUGCCAGUAAUGCAGUUAAAAACCCGAUUGCCAUUGAGGCAAAACCAGUUCCCCUUUGCCGGGCUCUUUCAAGCAAGAUGGAUCCUGAGGAAUUAAAAGUUUUGGGCAAUGAAGAUUACAAGAAUGGCAGGUUUUCAGAAGCUCUGGCAUUGUGUGAUGCAGCAAUUUCUAUUGAUCCAAAUAAGGCUUCUUAUAUAAGCAACAAAAGUGCUGCAUUAACUGCGUUAGGAAAGCUGCUUGAAGCCGCAUUUGAAUGUACGGAAGCAAUUCGAAUUGAACCAUCCUAUGAAAGAGCACAUAUCCGUUUGUUGGGAGGAUUGGAAGAACGCAUACAAGACUGUGAGGCGUUGACAAGAGAGAAUCCAGAUGAUAAGGAAGUGAGACAGACGUUGAACGAAGCUCAGGCACAGCUCUGUAAGCAGAGAGGAGGGCAAGAAAUUAAGAAACAAAACAUUUCAGGGACUAUGUAA